AUGUUUUACGGUCUUAUGGGUGGCUUUCAGCGCCUACAGCCGGCACUACAAGAACUGGAGAGAUCGAUCGAUUUGAGUAGUGAUGUGGUUGUCAGACAACAGUACCGCACCCUGCGGCGAAGCCUCUCGCGCGGAAUCAGCAAAGUAAUAGAUGUCUUUGAUCUACUGAAAGGCAUUCUAUGCCUCAAACGUGACAGAAAGAGAUGGGAGAGGAUUAAUAUAGAACUAACGACCACAACUGACAGCGAAGACGAUCCAGGGACUAGUGUCGAUAACGAAACAACCUUCCGUCAUCUCCUUGACUUUGAAGCUGAGUUAAAAAUACGCGUGGAUGAAUUAAACGAAGCUCAACGGAAGGUUUGUAUGGCCUGUCACCAAAUCAAGAGUGAUCAACAAGAAUUUUUAGCAAUGUGCGGUUACAGCUACAGACUGCCCAAUAAUGAAAUUAGUGUCGCUUCAACUGACCUAAUACUGAGCAGUUUGUGGAUUGCCAAAUUUGCAACUCUCAGUAUCCUUACUUUUGGAGCUUGGAUUUUGUUUCUGGGGCUGAUGACUAGUGCAAACCCUCUCAUGAAAAAUAUUCUGUUGGGGUUCAGAUUUCAACUUGGUGUUGUAUUUCUUGUUUUUCUUGCCGUCUGCCACCGGCUAUUUUCUAGGAAGUACCGGAGUCUUGAAAGUGAGAGAUUAAGGAGAAUGGAAGCAGUUCGUACAAUGAAUAUGAUUAUCUCCGAAAUAUGUAAUCAUUCCGAGGUGAAUUCUAUGGAUCGCAAAAGAGUUCCAAUGUCUGAAAUUAGAAUUACAACUGAUAGAUUUUUCUCGCUUACACAUCAUGAAGAUCUCUUCAAUUACAGUGAUGCCAAUAGAGCUGAACUUCAAGAAAUAAUGAGUGCAUUAUAG